CUUCAAUCAAAAAAAUAAUUAAUUUUUGAAAGUUACUUCAUCGUCUUCCUCUUCCUUCAUCGGAUGGAUCCUGAAGAAAUUCAAUAUUAUUCCCUUUUCCUUCUCUUCUCCGAUUAGACGACUCUCUCAUCUCCCAUGCCCCCGCCCUGACGAUUUUUCCUUUUUUUUUUAUUAUUCUAAAUUGAUAAUCGAAAGAAUGAGCAACUUUGGGGACUUGAAUCCAGUCUUCUCAGCAUCGGGUCGAACCGCCAACAACCCAGACCCGCGUCAUUCCUCCUCCUCGGGUCUCUCAAAGCCGAGAUUCUCAAAGGUCAGAAGACAAGUCAAGCCUAUCAUCAAACCCUCCUCCGAUUCCUCCUUGCCUUCCUUCAACCCCUUUCUCCACCGCGGAUCUUCCGAUCAGACCCGACCCAUCAAUAAAGGUUUCGUCUUUGGAGGAGGGUCGAGCUCUGAGCAAGUUCUGGAGGAUUUGGGGAAUUUGAAGAUUGGUUCUGGUGACAAUGCGAGGAGUCGACACGUGGACGAUGAUGAUGAACAACUUCAAUCUCUUUUGAAGAGUAAACUUAAUCUUGAUCAGACCAAAGUUAAUACCUUUGUGAUUAAUGAUAGUUUGGAGAAGUUGAAUAUCUCUGAGAAUGUGAUGAAUAGUAAUGUGAAAGUUAAAGAGUCUUUAGAUUACGUUGGGGAGAAGAUACUCUCUGAUGAUUUGUCUAGAAAGCUUAACGUAGGGCAUCAUGCAGCGUCAGCUCAGAACCUCUCAGAAGAGGAAUCACGUCAGGGGGAGAAAGUUCAUACCUUUAGCAGUUCAUGUCCGAUGAAUUUUAGUUUUGUAGGUACAGAGUCGAGUGAACAUCUAAAUCCUGCGACCUCUGCUGUUAAUAAUACUUCCGAGUUCAACUUUUCGAGUGGAGGGAAGAGUUUUAUGGAGUUCAAGACACCUAAUUUGAAGCCGAAUCCUUUUUCUAGCUUGGAACAGAAGGUGGGGUUUAAUGCGAAGAAGGAGAAUGUUGGUGGUGCAAGGGGGAGAAGGAAAGGGAGUAAGCAGCCUGUGAAAGUGCAGCUUAAUAUUGGACAUGAGUUUGCUUUUGGGGAAAGUGUGUUUCCGAAGGGGACCAGUGAGGUUUCUGAUUCUUAUUCACCGAUGGAUGUUUCUCCGUAUGAGGAGACUGCAGAGUCUAGAGGCUUUUCUUCUGGAUCAGAUCAGUUUGCGAAUCCUGGUGUGGCUUUGAAUGAUGUGUUUGAUGCAGAGCUACUUGCUGCAACCGAACGUAUGGAUAUAAACGAGGAGGAAGCUAAUAACUAUCAAGCUGAGGGACUUAAUACCAGCGAAAGUGGUGAGCAUGAGGACCUUGCUGAAGAUUCUGUAUCUGGGGCUGAAACGGAGAGUUUUAAGACAGCAGCGGAAGAGAUGGAAACUAGUAGUGAUACUUUCGCCUCAGCUUCGGAAAGUGAGGUUACUUCAAGCUAUAGGCCUCAUAGGCAAGAGAAUGAUAACCAGUCCCUAUUUAAUUCAAAUGCUGCUAGCUCUAGCUUUACCUUUUCUGCUCCAUCGUUUUCCGGAGUGGGCGUCCAACCAUCAACCUCUAAGCGUAUUAGCAGGAAGAAAAAUCCAGUUCCACUUGGGCAGGAUCCAUAUAUCUUGAUUCCAAAUGCUUCAUCAUUUAAAUCUUCACAACAUUCGCCAUUAACUGGUGUUCAGUCACCCCUUUCCAUGGGGAGACCUAGUGAAAGGGAUCCGUUUACUCGUGUACAAAAGCCUAUUAAUAAUUCUGUAAGGGACAAAGCACGAGACGAAAAAGAUGCGUCUAAUGCAGCGCAAGAAGCAUGUGAAAAGUGGCGAUUAAGAGGUAACAAUGCUUACAAAAAUGGGGAUCUUUCCAGAGCUGAGGAAUCUUACACUCAAGGGAUAGAUUCCGUGCCUAAAAUGGAGACGUCUAGAAACUGUCUCAGGGCACUGAUGCUUUGCUACAGCAACCGUGCAGCAACACUCAUGGCCCUUGGAAGAAUGAGGGAAGCAAUAGCAGAUUGUACGAUGGCUUCUUCAAUAGACUCCAACUUCCUUAAAGUUCAAGUCAGAGCUGGAAAUUGUUAUCUUUCACUUGGGGAGAUUGAAGACGCAUCCAGGUACUUUAAAAAAUGCUUGCAAUCUGGAAGUGACAUCUGUGUGGACCGCAAAAUCAUUGUCGAGGCUUCUGAAGGUCUACAAAAGGCACAGAGAGUUUCGGAAUGCAUGCAUGAAGCUGGCUGUCGUUUGCAGCUCAGGACAUCAACUGAUGCUGAGAAAGCUUUGGAAAUAUUGGAAGAAUCUCUGCUGAUAAGUCCAUACUCUGAAAACUUACUCACCAUGAAGGGAGAGGCGCUUUUGAUGCUUGAGAAGUAUGAAGCAUCAAUAAAGCUUUGUGAGCAGACAAUUGAUUUAGCUGGAAAGAAUUCUCCUCCCGUAGAUGCUACAGAUUCUCAUGACACUUCUAAGGAUAUAAACUUUGGAAUCUGGCGGUGUCGUCUCAUGCUUAAAUCAUAUUUCCAUAUGGGAAAGCUUGAGGAGGCGAUUAAUUCUCUAGAGAAGCAAGAACAAUUACUAUCUGCUAUAAAAAGAGAUGGAAACAAGCCUCUCGAAUCCUUCAUCCCGUUGGCCGCUACCAUACGUGAGCUGUUGCGCCUUAAGUCGGCAGGGAAUGAAGCAUUUAAGUCGGGACGACACACUGAAGCAGUUGAACAUUACACAGCAGCCUUGUCUUGCAACGUGGAAUCACGUUCUUUUACAGCUGUGUGCUUCUGUAAUCGUUCUGCGGCAUAUAAGGCUCUUGGUCAACUCUCUGACGCUAUUGCAGACUGCAGUCUUGCCAUUGCUCUUGACCAAAAUUACUCAAAGGCUAUUUCUAGAAGGGCCACGUUGUUCGAGAUGCUGAGGGAUUAUGGACAAGCUGCCAGUGACAUGCAUAGAUAUGUUAAUAUUCUAACCAAGCAAAUGGAAGAGAAGACCUCUGGGAUUCACGACAGAGUCACUAAUUUGGCCAAUGACAUUAGACAAGCUCGGAUGCGACUUUCUGAACUGGAAGAGAAAUCAAGGAAAGAAACUUCUUUGGAUAUGUACCUCGUCUUGGGUGUAGUGCCAUCAUGCUCUGCUUCAGAUAUCAGAAAGGCAUAUAGGAAGGCCGCACUCAAACAUCAUCCCGACAAGGCUGGUCAGUCUUUGACAAGAAACGAGAGUAAAGAUGAGACGUUAUGGAAGGAGAUAGGAGAAGAAGUACGCAAAGAUACUGAUAAAUUAUUUAAAAUGAUUGGGGAAGCGUAUGCUGUUCUUUCAGACCCUGCAAAGCGUUCUCAGUAUGAUCUUGAAGAAGAGAUGCAAAAUUCACAAAGGAGACGUGAUGGAGCCAGCACAUCUGGAGCAGAGCCAGAUGCUAAUUAUCCUUUCAGUAACAGUAGGAGAAACUGGAGAGAAAGUUCACGUAGGGACCCAUCAGCUAGGUGGUUUGAACAAAACCGAUCAAACAGAUACCCGUUCUAACUGUAGAGCAUCUCCCAAGAUAUUAUCUCUUUGACCAAAUUCCUCACCAGCAAAAGAUUUUGUGGCCUCCUAUGCAAAUACUCAGGCUGAUACGGUGUGGAUAAAAUAUUAGCAGAUGCUCAGAUUCAUGGAGAAUAUAAUACACAUCACACGAUAAACAUGGAAAGACUUGAGAUGCAAAGAGUUUACUCAGAGGUAGUAGAGAAAAAAAGGAAGACUAUUUGUGUAAUCGUUUUGUUUCGUGAGGUAGAGACUUCUCCAUUGUCCAAUACGUUGAAGCAAACGUUGUACAGGUCCCGGGGAACGUAGAUUGGGUGUGAUUGAAGGAGAGUUGCAUAUAACAUUAUUGCUUCUUUCAUUUUUAUUUGGCUUUGUUCAAAAUGGUGUGUCGUGAGAAAGACAUAGUGGUCUCUCCCAGUUUGCAGUUCCUGUUGUUUAAACACUUUUGAUUGUAGAUUCUUUCAAUUCAUUUGAUUUUUGAAAAAAAAAAAAUUACUUUGCAUUUGGUGAUAUCUGUUGAGUUUAUUUUUUGUAAUGUAACGAAAAGACAAUUUUCUUGAAAGGAAUCAUAUAUAAC